GGACUCGAAAUAAGGAUUGGUUGAAGGUAAAGAAACUGGUAAUUUUUCAAUUGUGGCUCUCGGUGUUAUAAUAUUGGCUAAUGAUCAACGCAAAAGAAACUGCUGAACGGGGCAAAAGAGACUCACGAUACUAGAUUUGAUUAAUAAUCAUAACCGGUCUGACCAAAGUUGGAUUGUAAUUAUCAGGUUGUAUCGUCUUACUUCACAUGAAGGAAAAAACCUUCUUGUUUAAAAUGAACUUCUCUUGUUGACAAUAACACGACUAAUUUAGUCUGACUAACUUGUUUACAAGUCAAUGAAUCAGUUAUAUUGUUUGAUACAUCCAAUCAGUAUCGCUAAACCUGGAAGUAGCUCUUUCGUUGUCUUGCCUUUAAGAUAAGAUACAAUUAACCCUUUCCUUUCAGAGACACAGAAAUGUUUCGAGGUUUAGUUGUGUUACUUAUCAUUUCAUCGGUUGAUAACCUUCAGAUUCUCAAUGAUCCUGGACUAGUUCAACAAUGGAUCUCAUCAGCGGACGCUUUGGAUAAACUGUUGUGGCCACAAAAGGAUAUUGUUUGUCAGUUAGUUGAAAAUAUUACAAGCAAUUGGGAUUUACCAGUUUCUCAGCAGUGUUUAAGCGAUCUCCAUAAAAUUCAUAAUGGACUGAACCAGCGUAAAGUUUGGGCUUAUAAAUUUCUAGAAUCAUCAGCUGGUAAUAAACCUGGUUUUUUGAGAGGUUACAUAAGUGAUCUGGGAAAUUAUCAUGAAUGUCUUUCAAUCUCUCAUGACUUUGGAUCUAAAUAUGGAUUACUUUCUGGUCAAUAUUGUCUUCUUAGAGUUCACUUACCAUUACCAUUCAAGCCGGUACAGACUAAUUAUGAUUCAAUUAACCUGAACUUAAAUGGAACCAUUUUGGAGGAUUCUUAUUAUUCCAUGUUUGCCAAGCAAUUGAAAUUUUUCUACAACAAUACGUUCAAUUUCGGAUUCUGUAUUCCAACAUCGUGUUCACAAAAUGAUUUUCAAACGGUAACCAACAGAGUUUUCCAGGGAACUCGUAUUACACCGAAAGUAAGUUCCUGUGAAAAAAAUGACAUUACGGAUGGUCCACGUUCAAUCAAAUAUCAAGAAACCGCUAUGACUAUCUUGACAAUGUUAACACUUCUAAUCCUGGGUUCAACCUUGGUGACUCACAUUUAUCCUGAUAAUGUUUCACCGGUUUUGGCUUCUUUUUCAAUUAUUGAAAACACCAAAAAGUUGAUUCCACGUGAUGAUGACAACGACAGACCUCACGAUUUAGCAUUUAUUCAUUGUGUACGGGUUUCCUUACGUGUGUUUGGUCUUCUUGGUCACAUUUAUUUAACAUUGGGUGUCGUCCCUCACACAUUUCCCAUUUUUUCCUACUCAUUGCCCCAACAAUGGUUAGUCAGAGAAACAUGGAAACAAAUGUUUAUCUUUAUUGACAUCUUUUUUGUUAUGAGUGGAUUUCUUACAGUUUAUACUUGGUAUCCAAAAAUAAAACAGUUAAAUGGGGAAAUAUCAUUCUAUCGAUAUGUUACAGCCCGCUUCUUCAGGUCAACUCCACUUUUUCUGGGAAUUCUGGUGUUACUCUUUGCGUUUUCUGGUAUCGGAUCGGGACCAAUUUUUUCUGAAUUUAGUGACAUGAUCAAAGGCAAUUGUAUGAAAUAUUGGUGGACUAAUUUACUCUAUGUCAGUAACUGGGUUAAACCAUCUAAAAUGUGUUACCCAAAUUGGUGGUCUAUUAGUAUUGAUUUUCAACUUUAUUGUUUAAGUUACUUACCGUUAAUAUGGCUUGUUGUUAAUCCAAGACAAGGAAUCAUCUCACUUGUUGGUCUCAUCGGAAUUGGUCCUUUGCUAACUUCAUUGGUGGCUUUCAUAAAACGAGUUCCGCUUCUAGUUUGUUGUACUCUUGAUUAUGAUCAAGAAACACAAUUUUUUGAACAUUUCAGUACUUAUACGCAUAUAGCACCAUAUUUCCUAGGAAUGUUAACAGGAUAUUUAGUUGUAACAAACAAGGAAAUUGAAAACAAGCUCCUAAUAGCUUUAGGUUACGUAUUUUCAACCAUUUUUUGGAUAGGGACAUUUGUGUUGUCUUACUAUUUCGUUGAUAGUCAUCUAGAUCGAUUUGUUGAAGUUGCUUACAUUGGUCUUCAAAAGCUGGUCUUUUCGAGCUUCUAUGCAUGGCUUUUCUAUGCUUUCUCAUUCAAAUAUGGAGGCAUUAUUCAGGAAUAUAUGGCUCACAAGAUAUUCGUACCAUUCAGUCGACUCAGCUAUUCCAUUGCCAUGUCUGAAAUGUUGUUCAUUUGGUAUGACAUAACAAACUCUCAUCAAUAUUUUCCGGCUGAUCAUUACAAUGAGGUAAUUCGAGUUUCUUACAUCUUUCUUAUGUGUACUAUCCUCGGGUUUAUAGUCUAUUUGCUAUUUGAAGCGCCUGCUUUAAAUUUGAUUAAAAUUUUCAUAAAACCUCAAACAAUUGACCAAAUCAAACCACAAACAAAUGGUUCUGAAGUACAAAUCCACAAGCCAGAGAAAAUUGAUUGAAACAUUGGUAGUGACCAGUAGAAUAGUGUACGAAUAUGGAACACAAGUGCCAGCUCUCAUCCAACAUCCAUAUUUUACAAACUCUACCAUCUACUAUACUGUUUCAACCUAAAAUCACUUACUGUGUAUUUAACCGGGUAGCUAAAUUGGCCGCCAUUUAUACUUGGAAUAUAAUUUGUCACAAAAAUGUUUGCCAUCAAUAUAAAUCAAGCACAAUCAAAAUAACCAUUAACUUGAUUGUAAAAUAGACAGAUUAUGUGCUUAACAAAGGUAUACAUUAUACAAAUAAAAAGUUUCAAUAUUUGAUAUUUGGCUGGAUCGCUAAAUUAAAAUUAGAAACUAUUAAACUGUCAAA